AUGAUGUGUAGACCCGACACUCAGCACCGGGGCCCUGCCGCUCACGCAGAGAAUGAAGUUCCAGAGCAGGAGGAAGAAAUCCUGGGAUCAGAUGACGACGAACAAGAGGAUCCAAAUGAUUAUUGUAAAGGUGGUUAUCACCUCGUGAAAAUAGGAGAUCUGUUUAAUGGACGAUACCACGUGAUUCGGAAGCUUGGAUGGGGUCACUUCUCCACCGUGUGGCUGGCUUGGGACAUCCAAGGGAAGAGGUUUGUGGCAAUGAAGGUGGUGAAGAGUGCAGAGCACUACACAGAAACAGCACUGGAUGAAAUCAAGUUGCUAAAAUCGGUCCGCAACAGUGAUCCAAAUGAUCCGAGUAAAGAGAAGGUGGUUCAGUUGUUAGAUGACUUCAAGAUUUCGGGAGUUAAUGGUUCUCAUAUCUGUAUGGUGUUUGAAGUUCUAGGGCAUCAUCUCCUAAAGUGGAUCAUCAAGUCCAAUUAUCAGGGACUUCCCCUCCCUUGUGUCAAAAAGAUCAUCAAGCAGGUUCUUCAGGGUCUGGAUUACUUGCACACAAAAUGUCGAAUCAUUCACACGGACAUUAAACCCGAGAACAUUCUCCUGUGCGUUAACGACCAGUACAUCCGCAGACUGGCUGCAGAAGCCACAGAGUGGCAGAGAUCUGGGGCUCCCCCUCCAUCUGGCUCUGCAGUGAGCACAGCACCGCAGCCAAAACCAGCUGACAAAAUGUCAAAGAACAAGAAAAAGAAGUUGAAAAAGAAGCAGAAACGGCAGGCUGAGCUGUUAGAGAAGCGAAUGCAAGAGAUAGAGGAAAUGGAGAAGGAAGCAAGCCCUGGGCAGACACAGCCUGAAGAGGAAGAAGAAGCUCAGAGCCCUCUGGAAAUGCUCAUAAAAGUUAGUCCACCAGAGGAAGAUGUCAGGAGAAAGACAGCUGAAGUUGUCGUACAAGAGCCAUCUCUUCUCAUGGAAGGCGGCGUGGAAAAAUGCAUCGCGGAAAUAAACUGCAACGGAGUGAUACAAAUGACGGACUUCCCAGACUCCGGCAAUCAAGGGUCUGUGCGCCUCGAGGAUGACCUUCAUAACGCCAAUGACUGUGGCGAUUGCUCUCACACGCAGAAGGAGGAGAACUUCCACAGUUGUAAUUACGGGCAGCGUAACGGCGACUUGGAGAACGGGCCUCAAGAAGCGCUGUCGGACUCGUUCGUGCCCUUAGUUUCAGAAGAUUCCAUGGUGUGUCAGCCCACGUCCACCGAAGAGCGAUCGCUCGAGGAGCGGGAGAUAAACCAUUUACAGGAAAGCAUCCGGACGGAGCUGCCUUCAGAGGACGAGAACGAGAAUAAUAGCCCAUCGGACAACAAAGGAAAAUCGACUGCUGGGAAUUUCCUUCUUAAUCCUCUUGAGCCCAAGAAUGCAGAUAAGCUCAAAGUGAAGAUAGCUGACCUAGGAAAUGCCUGCUGGGUGCACAAGCACUUCACUGAAGACAUCCAGACGAGGCAGUACCGGUCCUUGGAGGUGUUGAUAGGAUCGGGCUAUAACACCCCUGCUGACAUCUGGAGCACAGCGUGCAUGGCCUUUGAGCUGGCGACGGGGGACUAUCUGUUCGAGCCUCAUUCUGGUGAAGAUUACUCGCGGGAUGAAGAUCACAUCGCAUUGAUCAUAGAACUUCUGGGGAAGAUACCUCGCAAGCUCAUUUUGGCAGGAAAAUAUUCCAAGGAGUUUUUCACCAAAAAAGGUGACCUGAAGCACAUCACCAAACUGAAGCCCUGGGGCCUUUUCGAAGUCUUGGUCGAAAAAUACGAGUGGUCCCAAGACGAGGCAGCUGCUUUCACAGACUUCUUAUUGCCUAUGUUGGAGCUGAUCCCGGAGAAACGAGCGACGGCAGCCGAGUGUCUCAGGCACCCCUGGCUUAACUCCUAG